AAGAACAUUAAAGACUUGUCAGUUUUUCCUUCUCUUUUCUCCCAUUUUUGUUUCUUUCAGGUUACAACAACUUUCAUUCAGUCUUCAGUCAUUAGUUGACUUUCAUUUUUAGUAAACAGUUAAACCUCACCAAUCUUAUCAUCAAGUAUACGUAUAAUUGAUCUUCACUCAUUGAAUUUUUAAUUGUUAAAUGUCUAAAUGUGAUUCUGGACCUUUCCAAUUUUUUUACUCUUCAAGUUACCCGGUCUUUUUGCCAUUGACUCACAGUUUAUUCUGGUUACCUAGUGAGAGAUUUAACAAACUCAAAGGGCUUUUCCUUUUUGCAUGUUGAUGUAGACGCAAGACAACAUCAACACCAAGAAAACCAUCACAACAACCAGACUUAUUGGCAAAGCGACCGUACAACCAUUUGUGAUACAUAAAACAUUCAACUCUAAACAAUCAGUUUUGUCUCCAAAUGGUUAGAAAUAUGUGUCCCGGUGUUCACUAAUUGUACCAAUCAUUCCUUCAACUUAGUCUUUUUUCAUCUGGUUCAUUAUCACCAUCAUUCUGUAUACACAUCAUCAUCAUCAUCAUCAUGUCUAUUCUUUCUAAAUUUAGUAUUCCAAAUAGAUCUAAAAUCACCCGUAAUCAAUGGGUACUGAUUGUCGGCUCAUCUCUUUCACUGACUCUAUGGACUUGUAGUGUACUUUCCAGAGGAAAGUCGAACAGAAAGUCUAAAAAUUUGGAUGACCAGCCAUUAUUCUUGGAAAAAGAUGGACAAUUAUCACGACCCAAGACGGAAAAUUUAUCCAAAACCAUGGCCGAGCUGAAAGUGAUUCUUAAAAUGAUUGCUGGAGGUAAAGAGUAUGCCUAUGGAUUUGGUGUCAUAGUCAUUUUGAUUGUCAAAACAAUCAAUGAUCUUUGGUUAAUGAGUAAUGGAACUCAAAUUGAAGCAGCCAUUAUUACGGCUAAUCUCUCCAAAUUAAAGUCCAAUCUAUCAGCCUUUUUCCUGGCCAUGCCAACCUUAGCUGUAACUAAUAACUUGUUCAAAUAUUUUCUCAACCAACUUCGUCUUAAUUUGAGACACAAAUUAUCCAUCAUUCUGUACGAUAAAUACAUUGAUGGACUCACUUAUUAUCGUAUCAACGUUUUCGAUGAUCAGUGCCGUAAUCUUGAUCAAUUAUUGACAAGUGAUGUGGAAAAAUUUUGUAACACUUUGGUCGAUGUCUAUUCCAAUAUUGCCAAACCAUUGUUGGAUAUUUUCACUCUUGUUUAUAGAUUAUCAGUUAGUUACACUGGUUUUAAAACUCCAGGAGCAAUGAUUACCUACCUCUUGGUUUCAGGUACCAUUUUGACUUCUGUUCGUCGACCUCUAACCCGGUUGACAAUCAAAGAAACGCAAUUAGAAGGGCAAUUGCGUUAUGUGCAUUCACGAUUGAUUGCUAAUUGCGAGGAAGUGGCAUUUUAUCAAGGAAACAACCGAGAAAGAUUAACACUGAUGUCUGCACUCAAUCGCCUCAAAAAUCAUCUUCAUAAUGUGGCUAUAUUUAAAUUUAAUAUAGAUUUCUUAGACAAUUUAAUUGCUCGAUAUUUCGCGGUUGUAGUUGGUUAUUUGUCCCUUGCAAUUCCAUUCUUUUCAAAUUCAAUGCCUGGAACCACACAGGAUCGUCUAGAAGCUUACUACAAAUCGGGUCGUAUGAUGGUUCGCUUGGCUGAAAGUAUUGGUCGUCUGGUCUUAGCUGGUCGGGAUCUUUCUCGUCUUGCUGCGUACACACAACGAGUUACUCAGUUGAUGCGCUCAAUUGAAGCUAACAGACGGUCACUUUCAACUUCAAAACGUUGUAACAGCAUGUUCACUGCUGGAGCGGGUGUAAUUCAACUUUGUGACAUUACCAAGCCUCAAAUUGUAUUCGAUAAAGUACCUCUGUGUACUCCUGGAGGAGAUGUACUUUGCAAGUCAUUAUCGUUUACUAUUAAGCAAGGUCAAAACGUUAUUGUUACAGGACCUAAUGGAUGCGGAAAAUCAUCUCUUUUCCGUAUUAUUGGUGAAUUGUGGCCAUUGUGUGGUGGAAAGCUAAUCAAACCGCCCAAUAAUAGGUUAUUUUAUAUACCACAAAAACCCUAUUUAGCAUUGGGAACUCUUCGAGAUCAAAUAAUCUAUCCAGACACUGUUGCUGAUAUGAAACGAAAAGGAGUCUCUGACUCUGAUCUCAUAACAUUAUUAGCCAAAGUCGAACUAACCUACUUAUUGGAAAGAGAUUACAAUAUGGAUUCCAUUCAUGAUUGGGCCGAAGUAUUUAGCGGAGGAGAGAAACAACGAAUUGCCAUUGCCAGAUGUCUUUACAAUCGUCCACUAUUUGCCAUUCUUGAUGAGUGUACUUCAGCAGUUUCAGUUGAUGUUGAACAACGCGUCUAUCAAUAUUUAACCGUGGAAACUGGCUGUACUUUGCUCAGUGUAACUCAUCGAGUUAAACAACUGCAACAAUUUCACCAAUUUGCUUUAAAAUUUGAUGGUUGUGGAAACUGCUCAUUUGAAGAGAUUGAAGAGGAUUCCGUUCUGGUUUAACUUUAUGAUUACCUUUUUAGGUUACAAUUAUGGAUUUGCCUGUAAAUUACCGUAAUUGAUCUGAUAAGGAAACAAAAUGCAGAUUAUUGUUUAACAAUGAACCAAACAAUUCAACAGAGCAAUUGAAUGAUUAAUAAAAUAAUCAUCAAAAGUCAGAAUGGGAAAUAAUUUUAAAAUCCAAUAAAAAAACCAUGUACAUAAAAGGAUUUAUGCUGACUGCAAUACUUGGAUUUGAUCUUGAUUGCAAUCAAUUUGAAACAAAGAAAAAGUACAACAACCAACUACAGAAACAAUGUUCAUCAUCAUCAUUAUCAUCACCAUCUUCAUGUACAGCAACAUGGGAUAACACAACAAGAAUCCUUUAUUGACCAGCAAGUUUAUUAGACAACAAUAAUCACAAAGACAAUGGAAAUAUCAUAAUUUAUGAAUCUCAACAAAAAUCUUCUCUUCGCUGUUGCUUCUUCAAGGUGACAAUAUACCAACAAGCCUAAUCAAGUUCACAUUCAUUCUGUGAUUUGAUUUAUCAAUUUUGCUGUUCAAUUUUUUCUCCUCUUUUCAUCUCCUGCAUUUUACUUUCGAAUGAUUGAGAAAUGAUUCAAGAAUGAGCCAGAAGAAGAAGAAACAAAUACAACUGUAAAAGCUUGCAAUAGAGAAAAUCAGUUUUCUUUUGUUUUUAUUUUCUUCUCUUCUUUCUCUCUUCAAUUUGUAUUAUUUGUAUACGAGAAACUCUUCUAGAGAGAACCCUUUUCCCACUCUAUUCUCAUUCCCUUUUUUUUCUUAUACAACGUCUGGAAUCAAUCCCAUUGAAUUGGACAAUAACAACAUUAUUGAAUGACCAUAAUAAAGUCAUUGUGGACUUAUGGCUGCUCACAUCAAAUCACUACCAAGGCUUCUGCAUCUGAUUUUAUCUCUAGCCUCUGUCUGUCUUGAUCAAACAUGUACACAUUCAGUUUCAAGUCCAGUUGAUUCAAAAGAUUCCUCCAGUUAAAACUUGAAGUCUAUGGACAAAAAAUACCAGAAUAAGGAUAUUGUUCACCAAAAAUUUCGCAGUACAUCACCAAAAAAAAGAGGAGGACAAAAUAAGGAACCAAACAAAGGCUAACAAUUUGUAUUGGAGAAAAAGACUAAUUUUUUCUACUUUCUCUGUGUUUUGCUUCUGUGAUCAAAUUGAAUAAUACACAAAGUUUGCAGCUUUUCACUUUUCAUUUUGUGUCUUCACAUAUCUGUUUACCUGAAUUAAUCUCAAAAUGUAUAAAAAUAGAGAAUAGGAAAGGCAGAAGACGAAAAAAUAGAAAAUCAAAAGGUCAAGAAACAACAAUGAAAGGAUAAUGUUGAACAAAACCUCUGCCGAGUCGAUCAAAGAUUAAAGUUGAUCAACCAUUAAAGAUAGUUAUACAGUUAA